AUGAGUAGAAGACAAAACAGACCAGAAUUAGAUGGAGAGUAUCUUGAUGAACAAGAACAAAAAGAUUUAAUUUCAACUCUAUUAGAUACAGAUCAAGGUUUAAAUAAUUUCUAUUUAAAAUUAAUAAGUACAAUUGGAUUUAUAUUUGGAUUCUUGAAAAUGUUGGUAGCAGUAUUACCAUUUAAUAUAUUACCAUUUGAAAAUGAAGCACAUCUUGUAAUGGGUAAAUACUUUUCUGGAUUCAUUAUAUUUUGGUUGGAAUGGAUGUCUGCCAGUGCAUUUAUAGCUGGUGCUAUUGCAAUGUUUCCCGGUUUGGUAAAGGGUUUCAUUCGUAGAUGGAUCAUGUUGGUUUGCAGUGGUUUCACCUUUAUUGGUAGUUUCCUUCUCUACAUUGCAACCGGUUCAUUGUUUACUAGUCUUUGGACACUUGGUGUCAAUUCUGUCUUUUUAAUGGGUUGUUUCUACGUAUCGAAAUUAACAAACAAUACCAAUACUGAUAUUCAAAACCUUUCAAAAUAUAUGUAUUCUCAUAAAAAGGUUUAA